AUGGCCAUGCUAAGAUUUGCCUUCGUGGGUUUCUUGGUGUUUGUAUGCUUAAGCUUCAGCAGGGCCAGGGUCCUCAUGGACACCCAUGGUGACCAAAAACUUGAAGACUCUCUUUUAGGUUGGUUAGGUAGUGGGGUAGGAAGUGGCCUUGGCUUUGGCAGUGGUAGUGGCUUUAGUGGUAGCAACAGUGGCUUUGGUGGUCAAGGAGGAGGAACUGGCAUUAGCUUUGGUAGUGGUAGCAACCCUAGUAGCCAAGGUAGAGGAACUAGCAUUGGAUUUGAUAGCGGUAGUAACUCCGAUAGUCAAGGGCAAGGAUUUGGCAUUGGCAUUAGCAGUGGUGGUGGCUCCAGUGGUCAGGGAAUGGGAACUGGCACUAGUUUUGGCAGGGAUGGAGGCUCUAGCAGUCAAGAGCAAGGAUCUAGCAAUGGUUUUGGUAAUGGCAAUGGCUCCGGCGGUCAAAGUGUAAGAACUGGCAUUGACUUGGGCAAUGGUGGUGGUUCUAAUGGUCAAGAGCAAGUAUCUGGUAUUGGCUUUGGUAGUGGCUCUAGUAAUCAGGGUGUUAGAAGCGACAUUGGCUCCGGUAGUCAAGGGGUAGGAACUGGCAUUGGCUUUGGCGAUGGUGGUGGUUCUAGUGGUCAAGAGCAAGGAACUAGUAUUGGUUUUGGUAAUGGUGGUGGUGGUGGUGGCGGCAGUGGCUCCAAUGGUCAAGGGGUUGGAACUGGCAUUGGCUUUGGCAAUAGUGGUGGUUCUAGUAGUCAAGAGCCAGGAUCUGGUAUUGGCUUUGGUAGUGGUAGUGGCUUUAGUGGUCAAGGAGUGGGAACUGGUAUUGGUUUUGGUAGUGGUGGAGGCUCUAGUGGUCAAGAGCAAGGAUCUGGCAUUGGUUUUGGUAAUGGUGGAACUUUCGACGGUCAUGGGGUAGGAGCUGGCAUUGGCUUUGGCAGUGGUGGUGGCUCUAGUGGUCAAGGCUUUGGUAGUGGUGGUGGCUUUGGUGGUCAAGGGGUAGGAACUGGCGUUGACACUGGUAAAUGUGGUAGUACUAGUGGUCAAGGGAUGGGAAUUGGCAUUGGUAGUGACGGUGACUUUGGUGGUCAGGGAGUGGGAACUGGCAUUGGUAUUAGUAGUGGUGGCAACAUUGGUGGUGGUGGUGGAUAUGGGAACGGACGUGGUAUUGGGUAUGCUCCAGGAGGAGGUGUUGGAGUUGGAUUUGGGCAUGGAGGCGGUGGCACAUUUGGACCAGGAUUUGGUGAUGGAUCUAGUUAUGGCACAAGUGGCGGGAUGGGAUACGGGUCAGGUUAUGGAAGCGGUGGUGGGUUUGGCUCGGGUAGUGGAUAUGGGGUUGGAUUCGGUGGUGUAGGCGCUAAUCACCCAAAAUAUAGUAGCGUCAUCCAAGGAGGAGACUAA